AAGAUACUUUUGCAGCAAAUAUUCUACUCCUGUCGUAAUGUACCAGGUACCGUACAGGUGGGCCUUACGCAAAAUAUACCUUUUUGUGCACAAUCUUCGUCCAUAAUUGUCUGAUCUCAACUUCAGCGACACCACGGCAACCUAUAGAAAAGACCAUGAAGAACACCAUGAAGCAUCGCCAGCUWUACCUGYACCUCUUGUUCUGCGCCGUCGUCCCGCGCUCGGUUAGUGGCCAUUUCUUUUGGGCAGAGACCGACCAGGACGCCGAUCAUCUCACCGUAGCAUUUUCCGAACACGCGGGGGUUCCGGACAAGGUAGUGGAGAGGUUUGCCGAUCGCGUGGAGACCAUGGCGUACCACAACGGAGAUACCACCAAAAACGUUGCCCUGGCCCUGAACGAAGAAAAUAACCUGCUGGAGGGAAACCUACCGGGGUUGUAUCCUCCCGGUCCAGCCUUUGUUUCUGGAUACCUGGACAAUGGCCCAUACGAACGAUUCAAGGACGUCCARUUCUCGUUUGGAGCCCAGAUCUACGACAGCGAGGCCGAUUACGAUGGUUUCUUUCGGCCGCUCCUACGGGAUGUAGGAUAUGUCCCCACGAUUGUGAUGCGAAACUGCGGGGGCAGUCCCGGMAAAGGAUCGAGCUACCAGUUCGACGUCGCGGGGCUCCCUUCGCAGGGACCUUUUGGGGUUUGCCUGUAUCGCAAGGGUGGGAUCCUUCUGGACUGCGGGACCUUCUCGCCUCCWCAGGUWCAAGAGCYGCGGGGAGAAGAUGCACACGGGGCAACGCCAACAUCCGUCGAUAGGUUUCGGCGAUUGCGCGGUCGCGAUGUCGCCAACGGUGACAGAGGAAAUAGCUACACWAUGAACCUUUCGAUGGAUUCAAUGUCAAUCGAAUCACUAGACGAACCAUCCUUGGCAUCUCCAAAUCUUAUCUACGCACUUGCCAAUCAGACAGUUGUCGACGACGCAUCCGGGGACAUCAGUAUCUACAUCGCCUCCACAAGCGUCUACUUUCAGGGACCAUGCCAAGCGGAUUUCUGAAUCGUGCUCCAUGGUUGAAAUAUCCUGUUUAUAAAUCAUUUUCUGAAUGAAAGUCACCAAGUGCCCUCUUCUAUGUAGACUCAAAACACUUGUUGUUUCAGCCCGUAAAACUACUCUCUUGGUUGCUUGUGCUUGGCUAGAAGAGCAUCCUGUGAGCCCAGCAAAUGGUCCUCAAAUAGUACACUUUGAGAAUGCUAACUCACACCCAUGCCUUCUGCCUCCUGCAUCAGGAGUGAUGUCAGUACAGUAGGUGACUCUCAGUAAUAGUAGAUCACAUUCAUCUUCCUCUACUACUAGUACUAGUAGUAUCAUUUUCUUCUAGUUUUGUGUUGAACAAUUUUCCUCACCUACAUCAUCACCAA